AUGGUCCACAUUGAGAAUUACACCACGGACCGAGCGCCUGCCAAGUUAUCUCACCUCCCCACGCCCUGGUUCCAAUCUUUAUCUAAUGCAGGCCCGAUAACAGCAUAUCUAUCUCCAUACUCUAGAGUACUUAUUGUCCCCUUGAGAGCAACCUCGAUAGUGCGGCUACGAAAUCACCGAGAUAUUGCUCGUAUCGUUGACAUCUACUGUUGCGGGAAAUAUUUGGUUGUGGCGGUGCAAUAUGUCACACCCAAUGAUAUCCUUGAUUAUUCCAACCACUUCGCAAGCACUCCACGGAUAGAGAAGCUCCAAUCUAUUGAUUUAGGGAAUCCCUAUCUCACUACUACUACUCUUCAAAAACGUCAGCGAAAUACUAGUACACUCCAGCUCCAUACAUUCACCGUUAAGUGUUGUUUCUCGCUAAUAUUCACUCAAAUUCUUGCGGUUGGGAAAAAACGAUCACCCUCAGCUUUUCGAUCCGAACAACAGCCCCACGCUACGAAACCUGUCAUGCUCACCUCGCCGUCAGGAUCCAAACAAUAA